CGAACAUCAUCCCACUACCAUCACCAACAAAGCUUCAAUAUGGCCGACAAGGAUCCCUCACCCGCCGAAGAGGCAGCUGCCCGCGCCAAGGAGAACGAAGAGCAGGCAGCCCUCCCCUACAAAUGGUCCCAGCAGAUUCACAUGCUCGAAGUCACCUUUACUGUUCCCGGCAACAUGAAGGCACGCGACUUGGCGAUUGAAUUCAAGCGCAACUUCAUCUCUGCUGGUCUCAAGGGCCACGAACCCGUCAUCAAGGGCGAGACACCCCACGACAUCAACGUGUCGGAAUCAACCUGGUUCCUGACCGCGAACCCGGACAACACCAAGACGGUCGAGAUCCACCUCGACAAGUUGAACAAGAUGGAGUGGUGGGCACAUGUGGUCAAGGAUGCGCCGACUAUCGACGUCUCCAAGAUUCAACCGGAGAACUCGAAACUGGGCGAUCUGGAUGGCGAGACGAGGGGCAUGGUCGAGAAGAUGAUGUUUGAUCAGCGACAAAAGGAGCAGGGUUUGCCUACAAGUGACGAGCAGAAGAAGGCGGACAUUCUGAAGAAGUUCCAGGCGCAGCAUCCAGAGAUGGAUUUCAGCAACGCCAAGAUCCAAUAAUACAAUCCACAGCAGAGCCAGGGAACAAAUAAACUUUGAUGGUUGCUCAUUGUCAAAUUGCCGCAUUACUUCGUUGUCUACAAGUGGACAAGCUCAUCUCGACUCGAGAACCCCGGCUGCCCUUUCGAGCAAGGCGUUGAACUCCUUGAUCUGAGAGAGCAUGCCUCCUCCUGCACUCGACGUACAGGCCUGGUCUGCGACCUGCGCGAUGACCAGCUCCAGAUUUGCUAGCUCGGCCUCCCUCUUUGCUUUAGUCGGUAGCUCCGGUGCCAUUUCGCCUGCAGCGACUGCAGCGUCGAUAUCUCGCAUUGUGCUGGAGGUAUGGAGUAGGUACUAUUGCGAUCAGUAGAGCUCGGCAGUCCAAGCAAAUGUAUCACUCACCGUAGCCUCCUUCGAGUCGUCUU